AUGAGCUGGCGCGAUAGUAACAAGACUUGUCAGAUUUUGACUGCGGCCGAGAAAAGCGGCUAUGGUGUUCUAGCUGCGAUCGUGUAUAAUGUGGAACACAUCACUGCAAUGGUCCAAGCGGCUGAGCAGCGUCGCUCCCCAUUAAUCAUUCAAUUAUUCCCUUCAUCCCUCAAACAGACCCCGUCGCUAGUUUUCGCUGCCGCUGCCGCUGCAAAGAGUGCCUCGGUCCCUGUUUCAGUGCAUCUCGACCACGCCCAGGACUAUGACCAGAUCAAGUACGUCGCAGACAAUCUGCCUUUUGAUUCUAUUAUGGUGGAUAUGAGUCAUUACGAGAAGGAAGAGAACUUGGCAAAGACAAAGGUCCUGCGCGAGUAUUGUCACGCUCGUGGGAUUUCGGUGGAGGCGGAGACUGGUCGCAUUGAAGGUGGCGAAGAUGGAAUCAUGGAUACCGGAGAUCUUGCGGGUAUAUUGACGAACCCGGAGGAUGUGGAGGAGUUUAUUGCCUCCGGGAUUGACUUCCUGGCUCCAAGCGUUGGGAAUGUUCAUGGUGAUUAUGGGCCCAAAGGGCCUGAAUUGGAUAUGGAACGACUACAGGGUAUCUUCAAAUCGAUGAAUGGCCGCGUUCGCCUAGUUCUACACGGUACCAAUGAAUUUCCGGCGGAAUUGGCCUCAGCGUGCAUUCAGGCUGGAGUGACCAAGGUCAACGUGAACAAGCUGGUGUUGGAACCCUGGCACGAUAAUCUACGAGCUAAUGCGACUCGCCCUCUGACUGAGUUGAUGGACACGGGAAUUGAGGUCUUGACGAUGGAGAUGAAGCGCUGGAUGGAUAUUAUAGGUAGUAGUGGAAAGGCAUCUCAGAAAAAUGACUGA